AUGAAUCAUUUGCAAAGGCAACUUCAACAAAAACUUGAUCAUAGACGUCGAAUAUCGAAACUUCGUCGACUUGUCAUUAACCCAACCGACGGUAUAGAUUUCUCUUCAAAUGACUUUCUUGGACUUUCGCAUUCAACAUUAUUUAAGCAGAAUCUCCUGAAUGAAAUGGCUAAGAGCUCUCAUGUUCUGGGAUCUACAGGUUCCAGAUUACUUGACGGCAACUCAGCUUACUGUGAGUGGUUGGAGAGAAAGAUAGCUCAGUUUCAUCACAGUCCUGCAGCGCUUAUUUUCAAUUCAGGUUUUGACGCCAAUACAGCUUUGUUCAGUACUUUACCUCAGCCAGGAGAUAUUGUGUUGUACGAUGAAUUUAUUCACGCAAGUGUGCACGAAGGCAUGCGUUUGUCUCGGGCUGAACAAUGCGUACCUUUUCGACAUUCGAAUGUAGAUGAUCUCGAGCGAUUGCUCAAAAGAUAUACAUCAAAUACGUCUGUAAAAAACCACAAGAAUAUAUUUGUUGCGUUAGAAACUGUUUACUCAAUGGACGGUGAUAUUGCCCCAUUAGAGAAGAUAGUAGACCUUUUAAAGAGAUUCUGGCCUAAUCGGGAAAAUGGUUUUAUCAUAGUGGAUGAAGCACAUAGUACAGGCGUUUUUGGAGAGAAAGGACGUGGCAUUAUAUGUGAGCUUGGUCUAGAACAAGAGAUUUUUGCUCGAUUACACACGUUUGGAAAAGCCUUAGCAAGUCAUGGAGCCGUUGUGUUAGGAUCAAAUACCUUACGCGAAUAUUUGAUCAAUUAUGCUCGGCCUCUCAUCUAUUCCACUUUUAUGCCUUUCAGUACUUUGAUAUCUAUAAGAUGUGCUUACGAUUUACUAGAACAGGGCCAGACACUUCAUCUGCAGCAACAUGUGAAGGAGCUCGUUGAAAGAUUCAGAAAAAAGAUAGAGCUACCAGUAGGUACGUUAUUACCUUCUGUGACUCCAAUCCAAGGGAUAGUUCUGAACGGCAACGAGGCUGUCAGAUCAUUGUCUAAAUACUUGAAUGAAAAUGGUUGCAUUGUGAAACCGAUAUGCUCCCCUACGGUGCCCUCCGGUAAGGAGAGAGUAAGAAUUUGCUUGCACGGACAUAACACCACAGAAGAUCUAGAUAAAUUGAUAAAUCAUAUACAUUCGUACUUCAGAGAGCGGAGCUCUAUUUCAUCUUUACCAAAGGCUGUAAAUAAAAAAAUGAGUAAAUUAUGA